ACUUUGACAGGGGCCAAGGGCUGUGCUCAGCUCUCCCACUUGUCCUCUUCCAGCACUGCCGAGGUUCUUUCUGAGGCCAACCAGACAUGUCCCCUGGAGUCUGGAGCCCCAUGAUGAGACCCCACAGUGUCCUCUGGAUCCUGCUCGGAUUGCUGCUAUGGCCAGAGGUCAGAACAGCCUCCUUGCCCCUCGUUAUGGACUCUGUCAUCCAGGCCCUGGCUGAGAUCGAGCAGAAGGUACCAGGGACCAAGGUCAACCACAGUGCCUCUGCCUGGUUUCUAUCAGCCCAGCGCUCUGGGCCCCUCCAUCCCUUACACCACCUCCUGCUAAACGUGCCAAGUCGCAAGGUCACUGAACUGAAGCCUCGACCACUGAACCCAGAGCUUCAAGACCUGGCUGAGGAGGUGGCCAGACAUGAUGUACGGGAUGGGCAGGAGUAUGGCGUGGUGCUGGCACCUGACGGCUCCACUGUGGCUGUGAAGCCUCUGCUGGCAGGACUGACAGCCGGACUACAGGUGCACAAAGUUUUAACCUUAUCCUUGCCCUUGGAGAGCCCGGCCACCCCUCGGGAUGCUGGCCCCACGUCCCCUGGACCCACAGGUGCUUCUCCAGACAUCACCCUUACAGAUGCCAGAGUCACCUCACCAAAAGGCAAAACCAAAUCACUCAGCGCUAGAGACAGCUUCUUGGCAAUCACCCUGGCUGCAGAUCUGGGCCUGACCUUCCUCCAGCAUCCCCAGAAGAAGGGCCUCCCAGGCCUGGGAACUGACGGCUGCUGGGACCAGCUCUCUGCCCCCCAGAACUUCACACUGCUGGACCCCAAGGCAUCCAUGCUGACCAUGGCCUUCCUCAAUGGAGCCCUGGAUGGAGCCAUCCUUGGAGACUACCUGAGCAGGGUCCCUGAGCCCCAGCCACCCCUCAGCCUCUUGCUCAGAGAGUACUAUGGAGCUGGGGUGGCUGGAAACCCUGAAUUUCGAAGCAACUACCGACGGCAGAAUGGGGCUAAUCUGACCUCAGCUCCCAGCCUGGCACAGCUGGUAUUGGGGACUCUUGUCCUGUUACAGAGUGUGGAGCCAGGACCACCACAGCUGCAGAACAUCAGCCAGGAACAGCUGGGCCAGGUGGCCAGUCACGCUGCCACCGAGUUCAUGGAGGCAUUCCUGGGAUGCCCAGCCAUCCACCCUCGCUGCCGCUGGGAAGCGAGGCCCUACCGGGGUAGUCCGACGCCACUGAAACUGCCGCUCGGGUUCUUAUAUGUGCAUCACACGUUUGAACCGGCGCCACCCUGCACCACCUUCGAUGGCUGCGCAGCCAACAUGCGCUCCAUGCAGCGUUUCCACCAGGACACAAGAGGCUGGGACGACAUCGGCUACAGUUUUGUCGUAGGCUCUGAGGGCUACUUGUACGAGGGCCGCGGCUGGCACUGGGUGGGCGCACACACGCGCGGCUACAACUUCCGCGGCUUCGGCGUGGCCUUUGUGGGCGACUACACCAAGACAUUGCCCAGCAAGGCCGCGCUGCACACUGUGAGGGAUACUCUCCCAAGCUGCGCAGUGCGAGCCGGCCUCCUGCGGAGCGACUACCAGGUGUUGGGCCACCGCCAGCUUGUGCACACGGACUGUCCUGGCGACGCGUUCUUCCGCCAGCUGCGCACCUGGCCGCACUUCUCCGAGGUCAGUCCUCUGGAUGCACAGGCUCUCCGCAGCCCCUGACCAUCUUCCUGGCAGUCUUGGAUGCCAGCAACCUAACCUAGGCCCAGCCUUCAGCCUGCCAGCAGUAUUCCCUGUCCUGUGACUUCUGCCUGCAUAACUCCAGCCCAGCUUACACAACUUUGGUCUUGCUCUGGGGCCCUGCCAAAGGCCUUCCAUCCAUCUGUAUAACACUAACCAAUCCUUUGACUCUACCGAAAACCCCUUUGCCUGCACAACCUCUGUCCAGGCCCUAACCCUGUAUUGCAAUCCUCCUGAUCAGCAAAUGUCAGUCCUGAAAAUGUUGUUUAGCCCAACGACACUUAGACCCACCCAGUAUAACUCAGCCACUGAGAGUAAUCAGGGCUCAGCUGGGAAAGGUCAUCCUAGCCACCAACCACAGCCACUGAAAUGCUUCCUCAUGCCUGGACAAUCACAUCCCACCUGCAUCCCACCUUAUUAGUCUGGCCCCCUGGCCUGCAGUGAGCUUUUAGCCACUCCUACAUUUUGGACCCUAUCCUAACCCAUGGAGGUUCCCACCCUGAGGAGGGCAGGGACAGCUACACAUUCACUCCAGCUGGUGUUUGCUCAAGGCUUCCAGACUGGAAACUAAGAACUGCCAGGCUGGCCUCUGAGAUAUCCAGGAGGGCACUACCUCUCACAGUCAAUUCCUCCAGCAGCUGGAAAUCUCCAAUAAAGUCACCACAGAAAGAAAAGCUCUGGUCUCACAUUGUCUGUGUUUCUACCCAUUGCGUAAGUCGGGCUUUGUUCAGUAGCAGGCCUGAGACCAAAAAUCCAGAAUAAGGAG